UGCGCGCGCGAACAUACAAUCGGAACUGAGUUCUAUGGGACCACUCAUUCGAGGCCAAGACCCUCACAGAUUUGAUAUAGAUGUCCAGUGAAGCUAAGUUUGUAGCAAUCCCGAGCUUGCACGAAGCUCGGGAAUGGACACGAAGGUCCCACCGAUUGCCUCGAGAACGCAUGAUAGGUGUCAAGAGCAAUAUUAUCAACAACAACAGCAACAACAACAACAACUACAUAAAAAAUCACUACUGUUACAACAAGAACAGGAAAAACAGGUGACGCUACCGCCGCUUCCGGCAUUCUCAGCUCAACGACAUAGAGCCAUUAAGUUCAGCCUAUCUUCUAAUUGGAGGAACGGAGUAACAACGCCGAAAGUACAUAAUCAGCAAGAUAUUCAAAGAUGUCAACCAUAUAAAGUUCUGGAGAUCGGGGCAACUCCCUUGAUGCAUGCUUGUCAACAAGCGGACCGAGUUCGCGUUCUGAGGCUACUAAAGGAACAGGAAGAGACGAUCGGUUACAGGGACCGAGCACUUCGCAGUGCCAUACAUUAUUGUAUGGACGCAAGCACUGGAGGAGCGGUCGCACAAGCGGCUCCGGAGCUCCUCAAUGAUCCAGAUGCCGAAGGCCACACGGCCCUCCAUCUGGCAGUUAUUGCUGGGGACGCACAGUUGGUCGCGGUUCUACUUGCCAGUGGAGCCGACGUCAAUGCCAAGGAUCUUGAAGGCCAUAGUGUCCUCCACUGGGCUACCGUGUGCGGCGAGGUUGAGUGUGUGCGACUGGUGUUGGCUGCGGGCGCUCGAGCUUCAAGCGCAGACCUCCGAGGCGGCUCACCUCUUCACUACGCAGCUCAAUGUUGUGGAGCGGCUGCUACCGCAGAGCUCGCCAUACCCAAAAAGCUCGGACUCAAGGUUCUCCACACUCUCUUGGAGUUUGGCGCAGACGUCCAUGCGUGUGACGAAGAUGGACGACAACCGAUUCUUUGGGCGGCCAGUGCCGGCAGCGUCGAAGCAGUACUUGCACUAGUCAGAGCCGGUGGUUCGACUGUCGCCACCGCAUCCGAUAAGGAUGGUUUAACGGCUCUCCAUUGCGCAGCGUCGCGUGGUCACGCAAGAUGCAUUGAGGUGCUGGUAAAUCUUUGCGAUGCCCAGUCGGAUCACGUCGAUAAUAAUGGCUGCUCCGCCUUACACUAUGCUGCAACGCUUGGGCAUGCGGAUGCUACUUCUCUAUUGCUCAAGCUUGGAGCUGAUCCCAAUCGGCAGGAUCGGAAAGGCAGGACUCCGGCGCUUUGCGCUGCAGCUAAGGGGCAACUGGAAAGUUUGAAGAUUCUGGCGCAACAAGGCGCAUCACUGCAUGCACGCACGGUUCGUGGUACAGGACUUGGCCAUGAGGCUGUAGCUUCUGGACGACUUGAACUUCUCAAGUGGUUGUCGAAACGCCGGCCAAGCCUCAUACACGUUGCCACACAGGACGGAAAAACACCUCUCCACGUUGCAGCGCUGUAUGGCUAUCUAGAUGCUUGUAAACUUCUGAUCGAUAGUGGUGCCAGAAUCAACGCCCUUAUGAGAACUAGCAAAGGUAUCCUUAUGACUGUACUUGAUGCUGCUUUGUAUAGGGCCCAUAGGGACUGUGCCAAGUUCAUACAGCUUCAUGGUGGAAUGACUGCACAGCAUUUGAAGUUACACAAAGGUAAUCACAUUGAAGUAGAUCCGUCAAAAUUGCAUGCGAAGCAUGUAGAAACCAGUUCAGAUUCAGAGUUUAAUGAUAUACGAUCAUGUCACCGUCACCGCCAGUAUCAUCACCGUGAUCCUGAGGUCUACUACGAGGAACGAUGGGUUGAACGUCGAAUUCGUCGACGUGCCAACCGACGACGACAAUUUCGUCAGAAUAGCCGAAGUUUUAGCGAAGAACAACCGCACCGUUCGAAAUCAUCCUCGACAGCAAGGGCAACUAACAGACAGAGGCGAGCACUUAGCGAAAACGCCCGAUACGAAAGCAGUGAUUCUGAUUUAAAAAAAAAAAAUAAUAAUUCAGAAAGAAGAGGUAUAUUACGUAGAAGAAAAAAAAAUGAAAUACAUGCAAGGAGGAAAAAUAAUCAAGCAAAUAAAUCUGGAAGCGAAUCUAUUGAGAGUGAAGAUCCAUCAAGAUCAUUCAAAAGUGGCGAGGAAAGUUCGAGUGUCAGUGACGAUAGUCUUGAAGUAAUUCUAGUUAAAAAGUUAUUAGAAUCGAAAUCUGAAAAAAUUAUUGUCGGUAAAGUUUUAAAAAAGGAAAUACUAAAACGAAAUAUUUUGAAUCACGAACAAGCAUUCAUCAAUACGGACGGUGACACCUCAAACAAAGAUACAGUAGAACAAAUAACUAUAUCUGCAGAUAUCCAUUUGAAUAAGGGUUUAAAUAUGUCUACAGAAAAAAAUUUAGAAGUAGUAAAGAGAAUGAAUAUUGAACAGGAACCUGAUCAGCAUGCAAAAAAUAAAAUGGAUAAUAUUCUGGGAAAGGCGGAUGAAAUACAGAACGCUCUAUUGGCGAAAGCGGCCGACCUUAAAAAAGAUAUGGAAGAAAUGCGUUAUUACGGGACUUCUUCCAGCUCACCAACCUCAGAAAAGAAUCAGAUUUCACGAUAUUUAUUAAGGCCUUCGACUGAGAAGCGGCGAACUAAAGUAGUAUCGAAUGCAAAGCUUGAAGUAUUAGAAAGUUCAGAGGAGUGCUCUCCAGAUCGUAGUGCAAUCAUUGCUGUAAUCGAAAGUCCCGAAUGGGAUGAGGAACAUGAUGAAGAACUUGAUAAGAAAAUUAGGAAAGUUAUCGGUAAUAUGAAAGAGCAUUACGAGGAUGAAAUAGAGGAUAAUGAUAGCCGAAGUGGUGAUAAAGAAUUAGGUAUUGUUAGGGUGUUGUCAAGUGUAAGCGAAAAGGAAAUGAACAAUCGCGCUUCCAUUGCUGAUUCACUCCCACAGUUACAACCAAAAUUACAUGAAAGAUUAUACCAUUUGUCGAGUUCACAUCAGCAACAACACAAUGUAGAAAAUGAACAAAUAUGUCAACGCCAUGACAGCGGUGGCCGUGACAGUGGCAUUGAACCGAGUCCCCGGAUCUCGAGGAUACCUAAACGCACAUUAAGAUGCUAUCCAAAUAGCAAGCGACAACAAGCUCUACACAUGGAUAUGAUUACAAGAGAUGUACAAAUAAGUAUGAGACGCUACCACCUCGAGCGUAAAAUAUUUUUUCAGCUUAUGGAACUCAAGAGACUGCAGAUCAGGCACGGACGAACGAACGAGCAUGUACUUGUCAAACGGCAGGUUGAUGCAUUUCAUAAAGCUGGUAUGAAUGGGCCAUUACUCGGAGUAACGAGAUACGACCAUCAACCAUUUACCUUCAGGAAUUUUGAGAUAUUUUUAUAUGAGCAGCUUCGAAAACUACAAAAGCGACCCACUACACCAGAUUGGUGCACCGAUGCAAAACAAUGUAUCCAAAAAACUCACCGCUGUCAUCAUGCAACAAGCGCCUAUACUUCAGUCCCCAUAUAUACAUACCUAGGUGGAGUCAUCUCAAAACGGAUGAAUCUUCUUCCGAAGAUUGAAAGUCAUGGAAAAGGACGAAUGACGGUGGAAGUAACACAUGGAGAGGAGAAGAAAGUAAUAAGUCUACCAUCAGAGAAACUCGAUCGUGCCAAACGAUAUUACGUGACGUUCACUGUGCGUGGCGAAACAACCGAUGGUGAUAAGACCAAAACUCCACCUAACUCGACAAUGCAGCGCAACACUAAUAGCAUUUAA